AUGGUCCCUGUACAGUCUUUCACAAGUGGGCUGCUGGGCACAGGUGGGGCUGCUGGUCACAGGUGGGGCUGCUGGUCACAGGUGGGGCUGCUGGUCACAGGUGGGGCUGCUGGUCACAGGUGGGGCUGCUGGUCACAGGUGGGGUUGCUGGUGCUGGUGCUGGCGGCUGGCGCUGGUGCUGGUUCCUGGUGCUGGCGGCUGGCGCUGGGGCUGGUUCCUGGUGCUGGCGGCUGGCGCUGGGGCUGGUUCCUGGUGCUGGCGGCUGGCGCUGGGGCUGGUUCCUGGUGCUGGCGGCUGGCGCUGGUGCUGGUUCCUGGUGCUGGCGGCUGGCGCUGGGGCUGGUUCCUGGUGCUGGCGGCUAGCGCUGGGGCUGGUUCCUGGUGCUGGCGGCUGGCGCUGGGGCUGGUUCCUGGUGCUGGCGGCUGGCGCUGGGGCUGGUGCCUGGUGCUGGCGGCUGGUGCUGGUGCUGGUUCCUGGUGCUGGCAGCUGGCGCUGCGUCCCGCCGCCACUCCCUUCCCAUCCUCCCUCUCCUCCCCAUGGCGACCGCCGCUGCACACGCAAACAGUCGCGACGGGGGGGGGUGACGGGCAGGGGGCGGGGGGAAUGCGACGGGCAGAGCGGGCGAAUGAGCGGCUGGGGCGAUCGCCGGUGCUCUGGCGAUCGUCGCUGGCGUUCCCCCGUCACUCCUAUCCCCUCUUCCCUCUCGCCCCCACAGAGUUCCGCUGCCACUCCCAUCCCUUCUUCCCUCUCCCCCCCACAGCGACCGCCGGUGCGACAGGCGAGGUGCAGGGUGGCGCUGGCUGCAGUCGAUGGCGCAAACGCGAUCGCGGGCCGCUGGCGACUUCGCUGGCGACUUCGCUGGCGGGUCGCUGGCGGUCGCCAUAG